CACUACGCCGCGCGCGCUCCCUCCCCUCCCCUCCUCCCACCAGCCCACCACCACCACAAGCACCGCGUCGUCCACACCACCUGCCAUUGCCGCGCCGAGCUCAGCCUCUAGCUGCGCCAGGAGGGCGCCCGCCUCCCUCCCUGCCGACGCCGGUGUGAUGGAGCUGCACAAGUACUGGGGCGUGGGGGGCCGCCGGUGCGGCGGCUGCGAGGCGGCCCCGGCGGCGGUGCACUGCCGCUCGUGCCCCGCCGGGGGCGCGUUCCUCUGCACGGCGUGCGACGCGCGCCCGGGGCACGCGCGGCUGGGCCACGAGCGCGUGUGGAUGUGCGAGGUCUGCGAGCUGGCGCCCGCCGCCGUCACGUGCAAGGCCGACGCCGCCGUGCUCUGCGCCGCCUGCGACGCCGACAUCCACGACGCCAACCCGCUGGCGCGCCGCCACGCGCGCGUCCCCGUCGCGCCCAUCGGCUCGGAGGCCGCGGCCGCUGCCGUGGAGGCCAUGCUGUUCGGGACCGGCGAGCCGGCCGCGUCCGAGGCCGAGGAGCCGCAGAACGCGGCGGCCGGGCACAACCACCAGCACGCGCUGAACCUCAACGUGGAGGCCAAGGACAUGAAGCUGGACUACCUCUUCUCCGACCUGGACCCCUACCUCAGCGUCGAUAUCCCGCGCUUCCAGCACGCCGACAGCGUCGUCCCCAGCGGCGUCGGCGCCGGAGCAGCCGGCACCGUCGAGCUGGACUUCACGUGCGGCAUCGGCGUCAAGCCCUCCUCAUACAGCUCCUACACGGCAACAUCCCUCGCCCACAGCGGCUCCUCUUCUGAGGUCGGCGUGGUGCCAGAGGCCUUCUGCGGCGGCGGCGGGAGCUUCGAGCUCGACUUCACAAGGCCCAAGCCUCAAGCCUACAUGCCGUACACCGCGACUCCUCAGAGUCACAGCGUGUCGUCGGUGGACGUGGAGGUGGUGCCGGAGCGGGGGGACAUGAUGGCGGCGGCGAGGCCGGUGCCGCUGGUGGGGGAGAGCCGGGAGGCGCGGCUGAUGCGCUACCGGGAGAAGCGGAAGAACCGGCGGUUCGAGAAGACCAUCCGGUACGCGUCCCGGAAGGCCUACGCCGAGACGCGGCCGCGGAUCAAGGGCCGGUUCGCCAAGCGCGCCGACCACGACGCCGACGACGCCGAGGCCGAGGCCGCCGUGCCGUCGCCGGCGUCGUACGUGCUCGACUUCGGCUACGGCGUCGUGCCCAGCUUCUGAACGACGACGAUCCACUGCUAGAAAAUCUAUCAUUAGUGUCAUUAGUGGGAACCCUCGGUUUCUACGGUUUCCAACCGGUACCGUUCCUCCAGUACUAAAUGUGACUGAGUACCGGUCAGCUGGUCCGGUACUAAACAGUCCGUUUAGGUACUAAACUGCUGGCCACGCCAGCAGCUAGGCCGAGUAGUUUAGUACCGGUUGGUAAUACCAACAGAUACUAAACGAUUUUUUUCUUUUUGAUGCUUUAUAUUUGUUCUCUUUUUCUUUCAAUUUCAAUUAAUUAUAUUAAUAGUCGUACUCGCAGCGAUUUGUGUAUUUGUACUCGUACUCGUAUUGUGUAUUCGUACUCGUACUCAUAUCUAGAAUUCGUAUUUGUAUA